CAACAAACACGAUCUACAUUGACCCUGGACACACACUUCCAGUCUGACAGCUAUACCAAACCUGACCAUGCCUUACGAACCAUACACGGACGAGACUCCGGCCGACGUCAAAAAUGCCAAAGGUCUGCAUCUCGUCACGCAGAAUACCCCCAAUGGCCAGGCCGUUCAGAUCUUCCUCGAGGAAUUGAAGGAUGCCUAUGGCACCGAGUUCACUACGACAGUCAUCGACAUCUCGACCAACGAGCAAAAGAAAGACUGGUUCCUCCGCCUCGACCCAAACGGCCGCAUUCCCAUCCUGAUCGACAACACCCAAUCCCCACCCUUUCCCGUCCACGAAACCUCCGCCGAACUAUUCUACCUCCUCAAAUUCGCCGACAAAUCCGACAAAUUCGGCUUCUCCUCCCCCCUCGAACGCAACCAAUGCCUGCAAUGGACGUUUUUCUGGCACGGCUCCGGAGCCCCCUACCAAGGCCAAGUCACACACUUCACCCGCGCCGCACCCGAGAAAAUCCCCUACGCCAUCGACCGCUUCCGCAACGAAACUCUCCGCGUCUUCGGCGUGCUGGAAAUCCAUCUGAGUGGAAAGUACACGGGAGAAGAAAAGGAGUAUCUGGCGGGUAAUGGAAAGGGACGAUAUUCCAUUGCUGACAUAAAAACCUAUCCAUGGGUGAAGAAUUGGGAGAGGAGUGGGUUUUCCAAGGAGGAGAUGGCGUUUCCGCAUUUGUUAAAGUGGGUGGAUCGGAUUGCGGAGAGGCCGGCCGUGCAGAGGGGGGUUGGGGAGGCGUAUGUUAAGAAGUAAGCUG